AUGCAUAUGCAACUCAGGAAAAGAAAAAGGGUUGACUAUUCAGGGAGAAAUCAGACGUCCGAUCCUCCUUCAACCACAACGGCAGCGGUACCAUCCAUUAUUGUCCCUAAGAAGCGUAAAGUAGUCGCACAAAACAUGGUUAGUCCAGCUAUUCGAGCCACAACCACAACACUGGGCACCUCAAAUAUAAUAAUACCUAAGCCUCUGCAGCGCCCUAAAUUCCACAAUAGCGCCAGCCUAUCUUCACCUGAUGAUGAUCCCGAAAAGAUCUCUGUAUUGGAAGUUCAGAAAAAUUUGUCCAAUCUCAUCAAAAGACAACAAAGAUUAUUUUAUAAAGAUAUACAUAAGCCGACUCUCGCCGGCUUGAAAAAUUUCGAAAUGUUAAGGCUGCCCAAUGAUCUAAAACUCCUACAAAACAUCGUAAACCUAUUAUAUUCAUUCGAGCAAUUAAACAGUGACUCGAAGACAAGACCAGUCACUACUUCCAAAUUAAAGGCCUCCUCUCAAGCGCACUCAGACAAAUUGAAAAAAAUGCUAGCUGAGAGGAAACCUCCAUUUAGCCACCCCAGUCACAGCGGCACUGCCUACCACAAUGACAUCAUCCAUGAGAUAGCGAAUUUGCAUUCUAUUAACCUGGUAGAUUUGAUUAAUUUGGAAGUAUAUAAUAACAAUUGCCAUACAAACAACACAGCGUUGCAAACUACGGCGAAUUCGCUGACACUUAAUAGCAUUAUCAAAAAGCUUGACAAGCCAAUACUGAAAGAAAGAAAUAAUUCUCUGGUAUGGCCCCAUAAAAGCAGAUUUAAAGCAAAAAGGAACCAACCUUCGCCUGGCCAAUCUUUAAUUAACAAUACAGAUAUAACUCUCUACAACGAUGUAUAG